AUGGCGUCUGGCUCUCACCCGCUGACACUGCGUGUGGAUUUACAACAGCAGCUUGGAUUGAUGGAUUCAGUCCAAGGACCGAUGACAUUACGUCUAUCUAAUCAUCCGACAUCAUUAAUUGAAUUGCAUGAGACGCUUCAUCGACACUUACUGGAGCGUUUGUCGCAAUUAAAAGAUGAUGAACUCGAUCGUAGUAAAGAUUGGGGCAUGACAAUUGAGGUAUACGAUCAGAAGUUACAGCGAUUUACGCCGCUUGAUGAUCUUUCCCAGUUAGGAGAGCGCCGAUCAAGAGUAAGUAUCACACUCACAAAUGCGAACGCUGUGUUUCCAGAUCAUACGUGUCUAGCACUACCUUCGAGAUCUUUUGGUUCUGAUGUGUCUGUAAGCGACUAUUUUAAAAUUGAUGGAAGAAUGGUGCAUAUUGGAGAAAUUGGUAAUUCUGGUAAAGGUACGGGACUUAUAACGUGGGAUGGAUCGGUGGUGUUGGCGAAAUAUUUAGAACAUGAACGUCGUCGUGAUAUUGCUGGAAGUCGUGUUGUUGAGCUUGGAGCAGGAACAGGGCUAGUGGGUAUUGCUGCAGCCUUACUUGGAGCAAAACAAGUGAUCUUGUCGGAUCUCUCUUAUGUCAUUGAUAAUCUUGCUAAAAACGUAGCGGAGACUAAAAAACUCGCAGAUGCUGUCGGCAAGCCAAUCCAGUGUGAUAUAUUAACUCAAGAGCUCGACUGGUUUAAUCCACCGACAGACUUGAAAGACAUUGACUUCGUCUUGGCAUCUGACGUUGUCUGGAUUGAAUCGCUCAUUCCACCACUCGUCAAGACUUUUGAUACGCUACUGCGCCACUCAAAUGUUAAGACACGAAUUCUUCUGGCGUAUCAGAAGCGUAGUAUCAUAUCGGACCGACUUCUUUUCAGUGAACUUGAGCGCUAUAAUUUAACUAAGACGUGUAUUCCGACUAGCAAGUUAGAUCCCAAUUUCUCCACCGAUCGCAUUGACAUAUGGGAAAUUGAACGAGCGACACCGAACACAUUGGUCGAAUAA